UGUAACACGUACACCAAGAGAUGCAUUCGCUGCUCUCCGCCUGCCCGCAAAGCCUCCCAGGAAGUUUCCACGCAGACAGAAAGUAACUGGUUUUCGUUAUCCGAAUCUCUCGAAUCUGGCAACCUUGCCGAUGUGGAGAUCUCUGUCGAGUCCUGCUAUUUCCCUGGCCAGUGUGCAACUUUCAGGGCGCACAAGAUGAUCCUGGCUUUACAGAAUGACGUGUUCAGGGCCAUGUUUUACAGCGACUUCGCCAAGGAGGACCGUAUAAUCAUCACCGACUUACACCCGGAGGGCGUCCGAGGCCUCUUACGGUACUUCUACAGCGGCCGUUUGGAGGUACAAACCGUGCACCAGGCCGCCGCUACCCGUACUGCUGCGGCCAAGUACAUCGUCCCACAGCUUGAGGAGAGAUGCCUCGCGUUCAUGAACGAACGCAUGGUUACCGACGACGUGUGCGCUUUCCUGGACUACGUCCUGACCAUGGGCGAAGAAGCCUUGGCGACCCCCGCCACGAUCGUCAUCGUCAAGGACAGUCUCGGGGUGCUCUCCUCCGCGACAUUUAUGACUUGCACCGAGGACACCGUGAGAUAUGUUCUCAAACACGCCACCAAUGUGUCCGAGGCAGUAGUUCUAAAAUCGGUGCGCGCGUGGGGCAAGCAGUGCCUUAAGCGCACUGAGCAUACCAUACGUUUACGCCGUAAUGGGCGCGGGGUCAAAGGCGAACCGGUUGAUUUUCGCGCCGUCAUGCUCCCUCUACUCCCCGAGCUACGGUUCCUCGCACUGUCAGUGGAGGAGUUCGUCGUUGGUCCUAACACGUGGGGAAUCCUCACAGACGCCGAAGCACGGGCAAUUCUGAGCAACAUCGUCAAAGAAGGCUCGAUGGCGAUGCCAAAAGGAUUCUGCGAGAUACGGACGGCUCGAGGGUAGCCUUUCAGACGACCUCAAGCUCUAGAAGAUUCCACUUCACGUACCCGUAGUUUCGUUUUUCUAAGACUUACUCGGGGACAGCAGUGUUGGCGGUGGCACGUGCUGCUUCGAACCAGACUCCGGUAGAUAACGCUUUCACUGGGUUAAAUUUAAAGCAAUAUUUCUUUUAUUAUUAU